AUGGAACGAACCUGCUCCAAAUGCGGAAAGCAAGAUUUUCUCCGAUCGCUCUAUAUUUGGCGUCUCCCGGAAGUACUGAUCAUACAUAUUAAACGCUUCAAUUUUGAAGACGGACAAACGGUGAAAGACAGCCGAGCUAUUGAUUUUCCUGUUGAUGACUUGGAUAUGCGGCGAUACAUUCAUCCUGCAUCACCAGAUAGUUCAAAGGAAACUAUUACGCUCUACUCGUUAUACGCAAUUGUUGCACACACCGGGACUGCUAAUACGGGGCAUUAUACAGCGAGGGUGAAGAAUCUUGACCGAUCUACUGACUUUUGGCAGCUGUUCGAUGAUCUAGAUAGGCGAGAGCUGCAAUUCCGUGAUGUUAAGACUAGCGCGGCAUAUAUGUUGUACUACGCCCGCAAUGCCAUGAGUAAGGUUAUGAGUCCUGAACAAAUAAGUGGUGAGAAACGACAUAAUGGAUAG